CCUUCGUAAAAAUGGGGCUUGUGAUAUGUGAAUUAAGGAAUCAAUAGACCCAACGACUUUAUGCUACGACGACCAAACUUGAGAAGAUCAAAACCAGUUGGUGUGACAAAGAAAAACCAAAAAUGAAUCCUCAAAUCUGGCACAAAGUGGCUGCUAUUUCUGGUGUAGCUGCUCUUGGGUUAGGAACUUAUGGAGCUCAUGUCUUCAAGCCCAAAAAUCCCACUUACAAAGAGGUGUGGCAUACUGCAUCACUGUACCAUUUGGUUCACACUGCUGCCCUUGUUUCUGCUCCUAUCACUAAACAUCCAAACAUUUUUGGAGGAUUGCUAACUGGUGGAAUUAUCGCUUUCUCUGGAACGUGCUAUGCAGUUGCACUUCUGGAAGACAGGAAAUACUCAACCUUAGCUCCCUUCGGUGGCUUUGCAUUUAUUGCUGCUUGGGCAAGUUUAUUGUUUUAGGAGAAUGAAUGUCCGGACUUACCACAUCGAACUUGAAGUUGCUAAACUUGAUUGAUGCUGCAGAUUUAAUGAGUGCUUGGUGAAUCAGACUUGCUCGUGACACUUCCCUGUUUCACUUUCGGUAAAUAGGAAUGAAACUGGUGGAAAUUUCCUGUAAGCAUCAUUUGACAGUUCUUGAAUUUGUAAAAGAGAUGUUAAGUUCUAUAUACCGUAUGCUUCAUAUAGACUAUUCGCUCCUCAUGUAUGUUGGUAUUAAGCGCCAAAAUUGAUUUGAAUACGAAGUUAACAAUAAAUUUGAGCUUUGAUAUUGAUUUA